AACGGAAAGAAUAAGGCACAACUGCCUCAGCAGAUAAUCGGCAGUGAAGUAAGCCUACCCGAGACCUCGCCCUUUUGCAUGACUGUUAUAACCUAUAUCAUAGAUCUGUUUCAAUCGAGUUGAGAAUAUCAAGGAAGAAUGGAAGCUGAAAUUUGUAGGUUUAUCAUAAUUUGGGCUUCUGCCAUUUUAGGUCUUUGUUAUUGCAAUGUUGUAUCAGUUUUUGUCAGAAAAGGUAUGCCAAGGCUCAUGGCAAUAACUCCUGUCAUACUUUUCUUUGCCGUAUCUCCUCUUUACUAUCUACACACAGUCCUUUUUGGACCUGUAACUGUUUUUUGCCUGUCUUGGAUUGCCAAUUUCAAGCUUCUCCUCCUUACAUUCGACACUGGCCCCCUUUCCGACUCAUCACUUUCUCUAGUCCAAUUUGUUUCACUUGCUUGUUUGCCUAUUAUCAAGGCCUCCUCAGCACAAGACCCUCCUACCCAAAAUCCAAAGACUAAGAAACCUCAAACGGCGAGAAAUGGGCAAUAUGAAGUACUUGAAGAAAAAUCCAGACUAGUUGUGGUAUCCACAAGCAAUGACCUAAAAUCCCCUUUACAUUAUGCCAGAAGGGCAUGGGCUCUGCCCUUCAUACCCUCUGUAUAUGCUUACAGGGAAUCAAUUCAUCCAGUGCUGCGCGUUCAUAUCUAUACUUAUUAUAUGUGCAUCAUUUUAGAAAUGGAGGCAGUUACUAUUGCAAUGCUUGCACAGUGGUUGCUCAAGAUGGAUCUUGAGCAACCCUUCAACGAACCAUACCUCUCAACCUCACUCCGUGAUUUCUGGGGUCGAAGAUGGAACCUAAUUUCGACAAAGAUACUCAGAUCAACUAUAUUUAGUCCCAUAUUUCAGUACACAUCAAAAACACUAGGACAUGCAGGGGCAUUAAUCUUUUCCAUAAUGGGAACUUUUCUUGUGUCUGCUCUAAUGCAUGCGCUCCUCUACUAUCAAGUCUUUCGCGUACUUCCUUCUUGGAGUUUCCUAUGUUUCUUUGUCUUCCAAGGCUUAUGCUUAAUUAUUGAGGGUGCUAUGAGGAGCCGGUUUGCCACUAUACGUCAGGGCUUUCGACCUCCAUUUAUAUAUUUCUUCUUGAUGAGUACAUUCGCGUGGCUUGUGAUGUCAGACAUGGUAGAACAAAAUGCUGACACUGUACUUGUAAAUCAGUUUAUUGCUUCAUGGAAAGUAGUCCUUCCGUCCCAAUUUAUUUGUUUUGUUUGACUUUUUAUGGUAAAAUUGACCAAACUCUGACCGAAAUUUAUACCAGAAUAUGGGUAGAAUGCUGCAAAUUUGACCAUGCGCCACAGAUCUAUGAAUUGUGUAUUCCAAUUUGUGUUGUAAUGGAGACUGUUCCGAUAUGU